CCUUUGAGUGAAAGGCAAUAGGGGAGAAGACUGAAUGAAACCUCCUCCUCCUGCCCCAUGCAUGAGGGGAAAAAGAGCAGUUGUGUGCGUGCGUGCGUGUGUGUGAGCUUCAUUGUGAGUCACUGCUUUGCUGGAAACAACAUUUUUACAGACUCAGAGAAGGAAAGUGACUUUAAAACUAAAAGAUAAGGAAACCAAAUAGAAGAUUAGGAAGAAGCAAAAAUGUCCAAACCUAACUAUUCUGGUACUUUUCAUAUGGUGGAACAGGACAAUAUGGAUGCCUACCUUGCUGCUUUAGACAUUAACUUUGCACUGAGGAAGAUUGUGUGCCUGCUGAAGCCCACCAAAGAGAUCACUCAUGAUCUGGCCUCUGGGGCCAUGAAGAUCCGCACCCUCACCACUUUCAAGAACUUCAACAUGGAUUUCAUCAUAGGACAAGAGUUUACAGAAGACCUGGGGCCCGUGGAUGGCCGGACGUGUCAGACCACUGUGAGCUGGGAGGGGGACAAGCUUGUUUGUGUACAGCGUGGCGAGAAGGAAGGCAGAGGAUGGACGCACUGGCUAGAGGGCGACAAACUGCAUUUGGAGAUGAGAGCUGAAGGCGUCGUCGCCAAGCAGGUCUUCAAAAAGACUGAUUAAAGUGUCCACUAUAAGUGCCUUUUUAGUGAAUAACGUCAUUUAUUCUGUAUAGAAAAUAGUCAAGGUACAUGGAUUUUAAUCCCCAUUAUGAAUUGUUAGAAUGAGGGUGAAUGUUUGUGUGGUAUGGUACCGAUAAGAGAGACAGUACAGGUAAAACAUUCCAUAGAUGGAUAGGUCCAGAUGGAUUUGGACAGCGGUGUAAGGUAAUGUCCUAAAAAGUCUCACUGUCCAUGUACUUGUGCAUGUAAGUGACUAUACUUAUUGUACAAUUGGGUUUUCACAAUAUUAAAAACAAUUUCACAAUUGGGCGAAAGCGCUGCCUUAUUUACAUGUCGCAUCAUCGCCAUUGGAUUUUAACAUGUUCCCAGCAUAAACUGCAUCUUUUUUGAAGUGCAUGUAUUGUUGAAAAUAAACAUUGGAAAUGUGACUUUUUAUCAUAAUGAAAUCAUCCGUAUCUUUCAAACCCUAAUGCCUUUCCAAAUGUCUGUGAACAAAUAUGCUAUGUCAGCACUUUUCAUUUGAAUUACUGGAUGCAUUUGGUUAAUUCAAGUAAAAAACGGAACUUAAAAUACAAUGUAAGAAAAAGACUACUUAUAUGUAUACUUAUAUGUACAUAUACUUAUAUAUGUUUCAUAUUGAUAUAUAGUACAUUCCUAAUUCAUAUUUCCAGAUCACUUUAUAAUUAUUGAAUCCAAAACACGAAAGAUGAUAAAAACGGUGGGCUAUUUUGCUACAUAUUAUUACACACACACUGGACAUUUGUUAGGUACACCGCCACAGUCUCACGCACUCCAAUGCAAGAGCUGUGUUUACAUACUUUGCCGUUACUACGGUAACAGUGCUCAUUUUAAGAGGUUAUCUUUGUUGAUGCAGCUCCUGUACUGGUACAGUAGUACUCACACUACAGUUUGAGAAUCCAUGCAUUUGAUAAGUGACAAAUGUACCUAAUGAAGUGUCCAAUGAGU